AAAAAUAGUUGGGGAUUUUUGUCAGAAUUACAUUAUUUUCAAAGGAAAUUAUUAUAAUCCUGAGCACUAUCGAGUGUGGAUAGCGAGCUCCUGUGUAGUGCAAAUAGAUACACCUCUCAUCACCUGCCAAUCAAUCACCAUUCCAGCCCAUCCACCCCACCUGUGUGGUCGUACCAGGUCUGGCCCGUUGGCAUGGCGAUGAUGGAGGAAGGGGCACGGAGCUGCCUGCUUCAGUCACGCUCCAGCCUGGAGCAGGACAUCAGGGCUUCCUACCUGAUGGAUCACAUGAUCAGUGACGGUGUGCUGACGGGGGACGAGGAGGACAGGAUCAGGAGCAAGCCCACCAGGAAAGAGCAGGCGGCGGCCCUGCUGGAGCUGCUCCUGAGGAAGGAUAACCAGGCCUACAUCUCCUUCUACAACGCCCUGGUCCGCGAGAGCUACGGAGACCUGGCCAGCCUGCUCCACAACAGCCUGCCCCUGGUCUCCCCUGAGGCUGAGAAGAGCUUCUCAGACGGUGGCACACGCUAUGUCCAGGCGGUGCUGAGUGAGGGCGGCGUGCCCCAGAGACCCGUGGUGUUUGUGAGCCGGCCAGCCCUGGUGAACCGGGUCAGGGAGAAGCUCUACCGCUUGCAGAAGGAGCCCGGCUGGGUCACUGUGUUCGGCAUGGCUGGCUCCGGCAAGUCUGUCUUGGCUGCGGAGGCAGUCCGAGACCACGCGCUCAUUACAGAGUGUUUUCCGGGAGGAGUCCACUGGCUGUCCAUAGGCCAGCUGGACCGGUCUGACCUGCUGGUUAGGAUCCAGUCACUGUGUUUCCGUCUGGAGCAGCAGAGCCAGGAGAAAGACCCCUCGUCCUCCCUCCACCGGCCUCCUGGCUCUCUGGAGGAGGCCAAGGAGCGACUACGCUUCCUCAUGCUCCGUCGUUACCCCAGGUCGUUGCUGAUACUGGAUGACAUCUGGGACAGCUCGGUGCUCAAGGCCUUUGACAUCCAGUGUCGAGUACUGCUCACCACCCGAGACAGAAGCCUAGCCGACUGUGUCAGCGGUUCUAAGUCUGAGGUGGCAGUGGAGAGUGGUCUGGAGGAGGAUCAGGCCUUGGAGAUCCUCGCCCUGUAUGUCAACGGGAAACCCCAGAGACUCCCAGAACAGGCCCGCAGCAUUGUCAGAGAGUGCAAAGGCUCUCCCUUGGUGGUGUCCCUAAUCGGGGCCCUGCUGCGGGAGUUCCCGGACCGCUGGGCCUACUACCUGCACACGCUCCAGCAGAAGAAGUUCAAGCGUAUCCGUAAGUCGUCUUCGUAUGACUACGAUGCCCUUGACCAGGCCAUGGCUGCCAGCAUCCAGGUCCUGUCUGAGGAACACAGGGAGCUGUACAUUGACCUCACCGUGCUGGAGAAGGACGUCAAAGUACCUGCCAAGGUUCUGUCGGUUCUGUGGGAUCUAGAACCGGAGGAGGUGGAGGACGUUCUCCAGGACUUUGUGAACAAGUCCCUACUGUUCCGUGACUGUCACCACCGGCCCUACCUCUACUACCUCCACGACCUCCAGCUGGACUUCCUGGCUGAGAUGAACCGCUCUGGUCUAGAAAGCCUCCACACCAAGGUGGUGCGUCAGUACCAGCAGCGCUACAGCCAGGGUCCCCCCACCUCAGGAGAUGAAGAGUGCCUCUACUGGUUCAGAUUCCUCACCUACCACAUGGCCAAGGCCAACCUCACACAGGAGUUGUGCUCUCUGAUGUUCUCUCUGGACUGGGUCAGAACUAAAGCUCAGAUUAUGGGACCGGCUCAUCUCAUCAAUGACUAUGUGGAGUACGGCGCCAUACUGGACAAAGAGAACAGCGAGGUGCGGGGCCACUUCCAGGAGUUCCUGUCUCUGAACGGCCACCAGUUGGAGCAGCGUCCGUUCCCUGACGUAGUGCAGCUGGCCCUGUCCCAGCCAGACUCCUCUGAGGUGUACCGCCAGGCCCUGCUGCAGGCGCAGGAGAGGGCCACCAGAGGGGGACUCUACCUUGACUGGGUGAACAAAAGUAGUCUGAAGAGCCUGUCUCGUCUGGUGGUCCAGCCCCACCAGGGAUCCAUCUACUCUGCCUGCUUCUCCCACGACGGCACCAAUAUCGCCUCCUGUGGCUCCAGCAAGACACUGCGAGUGUUUAAGAGCACGUCUGGGGAGAAGCUGCUGGAGAUCCAGGCCCACGACGAUGAGGUGCUCUGCUGCGCCUUCUCCCCGGAUGACCAUCUCCUAGCAACCUGCUCCAGUGAUAGGAAGGUCAAGGUUUGGAAUGUGGAGCGUGGGACUCUGAUGAGGAUGUUUGAGGACGAACACGAGGAGCAGGUCAACCACUGUCAGUUCACCAACAUACGCCGACGCCUCCUACUGGCCACCUGUUCCAACGACAAAUUCAUGAACACCAAGCUGUGGAACAUCAAUAAACCCUCCUCCCAGAACACCAUGUUUGGUCAUUUGGAGCCUGUCAAUCACUGCUGUUUCUCCCCUGAUGACGCCUACCUCUCCACCUCUUCCAGUGACGGAACCCUGAAGCUGUGGGAGGUGUCCUCGGCUAAUGAGUGGAAGUCCAUAGACGUGGCAGACAUGUUCCCGGAGCAGAGAGAGCAGACGGAGGUCAUGGUGAAGUGCAGCACCUGGUCAGCAGACGGCAGGACCAUCAUCUGUGCUGCCAGGAACGCAGUCUUUGUGUUUGAUGUAGAGACGGCGGCCAUGUUGUUGGAGAUCCGGACCAGUCGUCUGAGCACGGUGCAGUACUGUCACGCCUGUCCCAGCAGCAACCUGGUGGCCAUCGCACUGUCACACUAUGCUGUGGAGCUGUGGGACAUAGAGACCAGUAAGAAGAUGGCUGACUGUAGUGGUCAUCUGAGCUGGGUCCAUGGAGUCCAGUUCUCCCCUGACGGAUCUCUACUGCUCUCCUGUUCUGACGACCAGACCGUCAGGGUGUGGGAGACUAAAAAAGUCCACACCUCAUCAGCUGUCUGUCUGAAGAGGGACUCUGACGUGCUCUUUAACAACGGUGACAUUACUGUGGUCGCCGCCGACAACCGCAACAGACUGCAGGUGAGGAAUGGGAGGACCGGAGCGGUGAUGUUCCAGUCAGAGAACCAGGAGUCUCGUAUCCGCUGCACUGCGAUCUGCUCACAGACCUCAGCUGUGGGGCUGGGACGAGAGGAUGGGACGAUACAGGUGUUGGAGGUGCCGUCGGGGACCUCUCUAGCCACUCUUCAGGGUCACACCAGGACAGUUCUCCACUGCCAGUUCACCCCGGAGGGACACACACUCAUCACCUCCUCUGAGGACACCACCAUACGGGUGUGGAGGUGGAGGACAGGUGAGUGUGUGGUUCUGGAGGGCCACAAGGAGCAGGUCAGAUGCUUCUCUCUGCUCACCACCACACCCUCCUCAGAGACACAUCUCCUCAGCUGGUCCUUUGACGGCACCAUCAAGGUGUGGGACAUGUCUAGUGGUGAACCGCUGCAGGAUCUAGCGUGUCACCAGGGGGCGGUGCUAGCCUGUGACGUGUCGCCUGAUGGACAGCUCUUCGCCACCACUUCUGCUGACAAGACUGCCAAGGUGUGGAGCAGUGCAUCGUGGGAGUGCGUGCGCCUGUUGAACGGCCACCAGGACUGUGUCCGCAGCUGCCGCUUCUCUUGGGACGGCCGGCGCCUAGCAACCGGCGACGACAACGGAGAGAUACGGCUGUGGAACGUGAAGGAUGGUACUCUGCUAAAGAUCUGUUCCCGUGACAACAAGGACGCCAUGGACUCUCUGCAUGGAGGCUGGGUGACCGACCUGCACUUCUCCCCAGACAACACUGUGCUGCUGUCUACAGGAGGAUACAUUAAGUGGUGGAACGUGGAGAAAGGAGAGGCCCUCCAGACCUUCUACCCGACAGGAGCCAAUCUGAAAAGGAUCCACGUGUCACCUGACUUCUCCACCUUCGUCACCAUCGACAAUAUCGGAAUCCUCUACAUCCUGAAGAAGGUGGAAUGAGGAAGCAUAGCUCAUUAGUCUAAAGUGGUUUCCUUAUAGCUCAUUAGUCUAAAGGGGGCGUAGCUCAAUAAUGGAAAUAGCUCUCAUCUCCUCUCCUUGCAUUGAUCUGAAAGAGCCAGACAGGUGAGAGCCAAUGUCUGUUAGUCAUCUGCCAUGUUGCUUUAGCCUGCGUUCUCAGAUCAGAGUAGGUGAAGAACAGGAGAUCUGCUAAAGGACAAUCAUUUCUCCUGCUCUGCCUUCUGCAUGCCAUAACAGUCAAUCACAACACAAUACAUAAUUUCUCCUGCUCUGCCUUCAGCAUGCCAUAACAGUCAAUCACAACACAAUACAUCAUUUCUCCUGCUCUGCCUUCAGCAUGCCAUAACAGUCAAUCACAACACAAUACAUCAUUUCUCCUGCUCUGCCUUCUGCAUGCCAUAACAGUCAAUCACAACACAAUACAUCAUUUCUCCUGCUCUGCCUUCAGCAUGCCAUAACAGUCAAUCACAACACAAUACAUCAUUUCUCCUGCUCUGCCUUCUGCAUGCCAUAACAGUCAAUCACAACACAAUACAUCAUUUCUCCUGCUCUGCCUUCAGCAUGCCAUAACAGUCAAUCACAACACAAUACAUCAUUUCUCCUGCUCUGCCUUCUGCAUGCCAUAACAGUCAAUCACAACACAAUACAUAAUUUCUCCUGCUCUGCCUUCAGCAUGCCAUAACAGUCAAUCACAACACAAUACAUCAUUUCUCCUGCUCUGCCUUCUGCAUGCCAUAACAGUCAAUCACAACACAAUACAUCAUUUCUCCUGCUCUGCCUUCUGCAUGCCAUAACAGUCAAUCACAACACAAUACAUCAUUUCUCCUGCUCUGCCUUCUGCAUGCCAUAACAGUCAAUCACAACACAAUACAUCAUUUCUCCUGCUCUGCCUUCUGCAUGCCAUAACAGUCAAUCACAACACAAUACAUCAUUUCUCCUGCUCUGCCUUCUGCAUGCCAUAACAGUCAAUCACAACACAAUACAUCAUUUCUCCUGCUCUGCCUUCUGCAUGCCAUAACAGUCAAUCACAACACAAUACAUCAUUUCUCCUGCUCUGCCUUCUGCAUGCCAUAACAGUCAAACAAUCACAACAAAAUUGAUAUCCUGACAAAAUGAACUAUUCUGCUUUUCUUAUUGUAUCAGGGGACCAUAGACAAAAUGCAUUUGAUUCUUACUGCACUGGGGUAAAUUGCAUGCAAUGGACAGAUUUUUCUAUGCUCUUUUUAACUAGGAAAAUCUAUGCUAUAAUGAAAUGCACCAGCAUUAUCUGUUGUUAUUCUACAGUGAUGUUGUCAAACACAGUGAAUUGGUUUUGUAUUUCUAAGUGCCGAAUGAGUCUUUGGCUUUGCUGAUGUCGUGGCACUCUGCAAAUGGUCAUGAUUUGUGUUCUGUCGUCUUAAACAAAAUACAUGUAUUUUUCCCUGUGAAGUUCGGGCGGCAGGGACCCUAGCAAUUUAAGAGCGUUGUGCCAGUAACCUAAAGGUUGCUGGUUCAAUCUGAGCCGACUGGGUGAAACAUCUCUCUAUGCCCUUCAGCCCUUCAGCAACGCACUUAACCCUAAUUUGCUCUUGUAAGUCGCUCUGGAUAAGAGCGUCUGUUGACUAAAAUGUAAAAAUGUAGCGGUCUAAACCUGUGUAUUUGGACUAACUAAAGCCUUAAAGGUGGAGUCCGCAGUAUGGGGAAGCCUACCCACUACUGUUUUUGUUGUUGUUGUCCGGGCUGAGGAGCGUCACACUGCAUGGUAAAACUAAUAGCAGGACAUAUUGUGCUCUCCUAUCGCACAUGCACUGAUGUCUGAGGGGGAGAACUGUUGGUCGUUUCCAGUAACUUCUUUGUUGUUGUAAUAUCACAAAAGGACGUGGCUGUUUCACCACUAAUUAUUCCAGCUUUAAUGUUUUUAAGGGGACAGAUACUAAGGAAAAUGUGGGAAAGCAAAGGAAAGGUCCAAAUGAUAGGGAUCUUUGCAUCAACCAGCUCAGUCUCACGUCAGAUUUAGACGUUCAUCCAUGUCUCUCAAACGUCCAUUUUGAAAGUGUUUAAGGUUAAGUCCAGGCAUUAACUCCAUAUUCUUAAGUUUAGCUAUUAACUGAAUUGUUAAGGUAAGGGAAUAAGGUUUGGGUUAGGCUUAACUUUCUAUUGCUGUAUUCGAACUUGCAACCUUUGGAAUCAGAGGGAGAUGCUUCCCGCCAUCCCUGUCCACAACGCCCUAGCAAAUCCGAAACUUUAUUGAAGGUAACAGUGCUCACUGUUGCCCCCCUAGUGGCCGGUUUCCACGUCAUCUCCCAACAUCUUCAGACUUGGAUGGACGUCGAAUACUGACUUGAAUAACAGGUGACCUGGCUGGUUUGCAAUGUUAUCAACAUAUCACGCUACUGCCAUAAAUGCAUAAAAAAUGUGUAUUGGUUCAGCCCAUUUUCUAGAGCAAAUUAGUCAUUCAAACCUUGACCAAAGGCAUUUGUCAGAAUAGCAUCUGUCGACUAUGUUUACUAUCAAGUUCAAUACUGUUUAGGACAUUUUCUACACUAAUUAUAUCGAUAGAGCCUGUUUUUUUUGUACAAGUCCUUUUUUAUUGUAUAUAUCUUGCUUUCAUACAUUUAGUUUUCUUAUUACUACUGAUCCACGCUCUAGUGAGCUUUGUAAAAAGGCACUAUAAUUUUUCUCUUGUGGUCUGUAUCAAGAACAUGGCCUUGUUCCAAUACUUUAACAAUGCAUCCUUACUUCCUUGCUUCCUUCCUUCCAUCAUUGCUUGACUUCAUCUCUGAUCUGACUCUAUUGAAUAGCUGACCGAUUACUUCCACUUCAUGGCUGACAAUCCAGAGUCAUUUAAAAUCUGUGAUUAUUGAAGGGAAGGAUGUGUUUUCGAAGUAUUCAAUCUGGGCCUUGUUUUUGAUGUCAGAACAUGUGCUCUUACGCUAUUGGUGCUUUAAACUCAGUGUGCAAGUAAAUCAUCAGAGUAGGUCUCUCCCUGUCAAUCAAAUCUGUGAAGUCUCGAGGUGAUCUCAGGACAUGAAUACUGUUAUGGUAAAGUGCUUGUGUGUGGUAUGUAAUUUAUAAUACCUUAGAGAAUAAAACAUUCUAUGACAGCA